CGGGCAGCGGCACAUCGGGCUGGACUCCGGGCAGCGGCACAUCGGGCUGGACUCCGGGCAGCGGCACAUCGGGCAGAGGCACACCGGGCAGAGGCACAUCGGGCAGAGGCACACCGGGGGCGGGCAGAGGCACACCGGGCAGAGGCACAUCGGGCUGGACUCCGGGCAGAGGCACAUCGGGCUGGACUCCGGGCAGAGGCACAUCGGGCUGGACUCCGGGCAGAGGCACAUCGGGCUGGACUCCGGGCAGAGGCACAUCGGGCUGGACUCCGGGCAGAGGCACAUCGGGCUGGACUCCGGCAGAGGCACAUUGGGCAGGACUCCGGGCAGAGGCACAUCGGAUUACCAGGCGAAGCAGCAGGCACCGGGCCCCCGGGCGGAGCAGCAGGCACCGGGCCCCCGGGCGGAGCGGAGCAGCAGCACCGGGCCCCCAGGCGGGGCGACCGGCAUCGGGCCCCCAGGCGGGGCGACGGCAUCGGGCCCCCAGGUGGGGCGGCGGGCGCCGGACCCCCAGGCGGGGGGGCGACAGGCAUCGGGCCCCCAGGCGGAGCGGCGGGCGCCGGACCCCCAGGCGGGGCGACAGGCAUCGGGCCCCCAGGCGGAGCGGCGGGCGCCGGACCCCCAGAUGGAGCGACAGGUCUCGGGCCCUCAGGCGGAGCGGCGGGCGCCGGACCCCCAGGUGGAGCGACAGGUCUCGGGCCCUCAGGCGGAGCGGCGGGCGCCGGACCCCCAGGCGGAGCGACAGGUCUCGGGCCCUCAGGCGGAGCGGCGGACGCCGGACCCCCAGGCGGAGCAACAGGUCUCGGGCCCUCAGGCGGAGCGGCGGGCGCCGGACACCCAGGUGGAGCGACAGGUCUCGGGCCCUCAGGCGGAGCGACAGGUCUCGGGCCCUCAGGCGGAGCGACAGGUCUCGGGCCCUCAGGCGGAGCGACAGGUCUCGGGCCCCCAGGCGGGGCGGCGGGCGCGGACCCCCAG